UACUAUCACUCUAAAUUGUUUGCUUACAAAUUUCAGCGCGAAUUUCGCGACCAAAAACAUAGUGCAAAAUUUGCCAAUGAAAUACACUUUAGAGGGUAGCAAUGCAAGAGUCAUCGCCAAAGCCGUACAAUCGCUCUCCAAGGUGGGCAAGGAGAUGUUCAUCGAGAUCGACCAGCAAUCCUUGCAGAUGCGGGCCAUAAAUGCCACCCAAUCCGCUGUGGGCAGCAUAUCGUUCAAAAGAUCCAUGUUCGAAGUGUAUGACAUGCCGCCGCACUCAGAUUUCUACUGCAAGAUCUCCAUGAAGGGAUGUUUGUCCGUGUUCCGCAACAUGAAUGAGGUGGAGUACUGCGAACUCAACUUGCUGGACAACCAGACCAACCUGCAGGUGAAUCUCCGCUGUAAGCUGGAGACCACAAAGGAGGCCACCAUUUCCAUCAUAGACGACCAAAACAUUAACACAAACAUAAACACAGAUCAGAUGCCGAAUAUAAUCCGUGGCGAUCACAAGCUGUUGACGGAUAUAUCCAACAACUUUAACUCCUCGGAGGAGGAACUUACUUUGGAGGCAAACUCGGGCAGUGUGGUGGCCAAAAACUACAUAGAAGGAGCCCGAGUCAAUGAUAAGUUCAUGCGCACGCAGCUGAAACUUAAGCCCAGUGAAUUUGAGCAGUACCAGGUAACGAAGGAGACGGUCAUUACAUUCUGCAUUAAGGAAUUCCGAGCAUUUCUCCUCUUCGCCGAGUGCUUAAAUGCUUCGCUGACCCUGGAGUUCGACGAAGCGGGCAUGCCUUUUCUGCUUAAAAUUAAGAAGCACGGCGAGAUUGAAUGCUUGCUGAUCAUGUCCACGCUAUCCCCCGAUGAUAUAAGCUUCUCGGAAGAUUAUUGUCAAAAGGAUCUGACAGUGCAAGAUGAGGAUGUACGAGCGGCGGUCGGAAAGCGAAAAAGCAGCGUUUCGAAGCCGAAUGUGACCAACAAACGCAAAGGCAGCUCUUCGGAACCGGCUGCAGUGCAGCCAAAACGACGAGUGGAGGAGACCCAAUUAGAAUCGAGCCUAGAUAAUCCCCUGUUUCAGUUCCGGGACUCGGAGGCGCCAUCUGUCCAGCACCCGCGCAUCCUAGCCGAGGUGGACACCGUGGUUCUGAUUGAAGACGAGGCGGAACAAGAGGCUCUCAUGCUGGCAGCCGCGGAUGCCGCUUUGGAGGCCAGCAUUGCACCUGCUCCAGAGCCACCAAACAGCACGGAGGUUUGCUUUGUCAACACAGACGACUCUCAGCAACCUAAACCUGCGAAAAGCUCCUCCGACGAGGACGAAACUAUACCCCAGUCACCUGAGCGCCCUAACAAGGUGAGAACCAUCUUCUCACGUUGCUUUCAGAGGACCUACGUUCCGCGGGAGCCUUCACCCAACACUCAGGUAUAUGUGCCCAAUUCCGAUACAGAGGAUUAGCCUAGAUUUGAUCGUUUAUCAGCAAAUACACUAUACGUCUAAGUCAGA